GACUUGGUAGGGGUAUAAAAGAAGGCAGUUCGGAGUCUGCAAAGCACACAUCGCUCCUACACCGGACCAUCUCCUCAAGCCCUCGAUCUUCUCCGUGAAAGACGCCGUUCAAACCAACCACCAUGAACGCUAUCACCCUAGCCCUCGCCUGCUCUCUUCUGGUGGCCGGAGCCCACUGCGCCAACGUUUACACCUACGGCGUGCCCGUGGUCCAUAACACUGUAGUCCAUCAACCAUUGGUCCACGCCCCAGUGGUCCACACCGCCCCAGUGGUCCACACCGCCUCGGUGGUCCACACACCAGUGGUCCACCAGACCGUGGUGCGCAGGCCUUCGGUGACCCAGCACCACGAGGUUGUGCACGUUCCCCAUCACGAGUUCGGCUACAGCGUGGAGCAUACCAAGGUCGUCCAGCCAAAGUCCACCGUCGUCCACCACCACCCACUCACCGGACUGCCCUACCAGCAGACCGACAUCCACCACGCUCCAUUGGUGACCGGUUCCCGCAGCUCGGUGCACCAGAGCCGACCUGGAUACCUUCUUCACCGCACCAAGACCGUUGUCGUGUAGAUACCGGCACCCGUUACUUGAAACAUCCUUCGAAGUUGCGCCACAGUGGUCGUUUUGUUGUUGUUCUGACAAUAAACAGGAAAGCUGUU